AUGGAUUUAAUUGAAAACAAUAAAGAUUCUAGUAAGACGGUUAUUUUGUGGAAAAAUGAAAAUCCUCUGGUUAAGGGCCCAUCUGUAUCAUUUCUAGAAAACUUCCACCAACGUAAUGAUCAUUUAUAUAAAGUACCCACUGGAAUAAGUGAACACUUUUCAAAUUCGGUGUUAAAAGCGAGCGAAGAUUUAGUAAAUGGAGUGGUUGCAGAUUCCAAACGGGUGGUUCAGUGCUACUUACAAAUGAAUAAAUUAGGAUUUCCAAACUCUGGCUAUGACAGUGAAAAUAUAGUGAUAAAUAUGAAUGCAGUACAAGUAUGUAAAGACAGGGCUAAGUUAGAUUCCAAUCAUUCAUUGUUUUCUAACCCAAGCUGGUUCAACGAAAACGGAAUUUUCGACGAUCAAGUAGCCAUAGCAAAUAUUUCCGGCUAUAUAAAACAGCAUUGGAACUUGGAAAAAAAAUACUUAUACACUGUUGAGAAGUCAUUGCUAAAAAUGUUUGAUAUUUCUUGUCACGGUUACAAGGCAGAGUUUUCGGUGUCUACCAAUGAGUAUCCGAUUCCUCAAGUUACAGUAAGUGCGUUUUUCACGGUAAAUGUAACUCAUGUACUGUCACUUCCGGCGGUGUACAUAAAAUAUCAGUUGGAGAUGGACAGACAUGUUUACGUCGUAGGUAGGCACUCAUUCAAUAAGAAACAUUUCGAGCGCCAGUUUAAAAUAAAACGCUACUUAUACAUGGACAUCAACAAGCAGAGCCGUAGCAAUGUUUAUUAG